UUCUCUAAUCAUACCAUGGUGCUUCUGACACCGGAACGGCAAAAGUCCAACGCUAAAUCAGCCAUGCGGGAUCAGAUUGUCAAUAUGAUUAUGAACAAAUAUCGGAGCUAUGAACGUCCCCCGACCGGGGCGAAUGCCACGCACGUGAUCGUGUUCAUGAAAAUACUGGCCAUUUUCUCGAUCGACGUACGUACCAUGGAUUACUAUGUGGACAUGCUAUUGAGACAGACGUGGAAAGAUCGUCGCCUGUCUUGGAACGAAGUCCCCGCGUUUCAAAAUUACACAGAAACUCUGGUCUCGCCGAAACUGAAGGAACAAUUAUGGUUGCCCGAUUUGUUUUUCCGAAACGGCAAGGAUGGUUAUUUGCACAAAUUGACCCUACCAAACUAUUUGCUCCGUGUCUCCCCCAACGGUGAAGUCCUCUACAGUCAGAAAAUCACCAUGCGAUUCUCGUGUCAAAUGCAUUUGCAAACAUUCCCGAUGGACACACAAAAAUGUAUGAUUAAUAUCGGCAGUUAUGGUUACACAAUUACUGAACUGAAAUUUGUGUGGCGCGCCGAGGAUCCAGUUGAACUGGCCGACGCCUUACAGUUGUCGGAAUUCGAAACUCCCGAGUCUUUUGGAACCGAGGACUGUUCCGGUAAUUAUUCGACCUCAACCGGGGCUUACGCUUGUCUACAGGCUUGGUUCCACCUGCAACGGCAACUUGGUUCAUAUUUGGCCACAACUUACGUGCCCAACAUUUUGAUCAUUAUGGUCUCUUGGUUGAGUUUUUGGGUAAAUGUGGAUUCCGCUCCAGCUCGUGUGCCACUCGGCCUGUUGAGUUUACUUGGCAUAUUGACCCAGGCAAUCAGUGUUUCCUCUACCCUACCACGAGUGUCUUACAUCAAAGCAAUCGAUGUGUGGAUGAUUUUUUCAAUCAUAUUCGUUAUCGGAGUUUUGGUUGAAUAUGCUGUGGCCUUAACUGUGUUACGUAAAAAGCAGGCAGAAACAUGGCACGAAGAUGUAAAAAUGAUCGUACAUGAAGAAUUGACACGUUGGUGUGCUGUAUGCCAACAACAACAACUAGCACAACUGCAAAAUUCUCAAGGUCUGUCACGUGGUCAGUUGGAAUUUUGUGAAGAGAUGGAAUUACUACUCACUAGUCAACUGAUUGAUGAUAGUAAAGAAAAGACCAAACCGAGAAGACCACCCGGAUUAGUUGAGUCUGAAAUCGAUAACUACAGCCGGUUUCUGUUUCCAGCUUGCUACAUUUUGUACAAUUGUUUUUACUGGGCUUAUUAUUUGGGCCUAAAGCAUUCACCUUAA